AAAUAAAACGAAGAAAACCGAAACCAGACAGAAAACGUUGAAACUUGUCGAUUACAUUUUUUUGUUGUUCUACUUUGUAUACUGAUUAGUUGAAGUGCAAUAAAACCCAUUGCACUAAUAAAUAAACGGCCACGGAAAGCCAGAUAAAAGCUACUGGGAAUGAACUCCAGUUGCGGUCUUAAAUUGUAACCAUACACACCGUCAAAGCAAGUAAAUUGACACCAAAAUGGCCACCUUUCGCAUGGGUCCAACGACACUUUCAGUGCUAAUGUCACUCUUCCAGAAAAAUAGACAAAAAGUCUGUGCUGCUCUAAGGGAAAAGGGUUCCUUAAAAGCCAAAUCAUACGUGCUACUCGCUGGUGGCGAUGACGUGAGUUUCAACGACACGGAUAUAAGCCAUCCUUUUCGUCAGGAAUCUUACUUCCAGUACUUGUUUGGAGUAAAAGAACCCGGCUGCUAUGGUGUAUUGGAAGUAGACACAAGCAAGUCAACAUUGUUUGUGCCCCGUUUGCCUGAAGAGUAUGCCACUUGGAUGGGCAAGUUGUAUACUUUGGAGGAAUUUAAGAAAAUGUACGAAGUAGACAGGGUGCGUUAUGUAGACGAAUUGAAUGCGUUCUUUGAGAGUGCUGAUCCCUCUCUAAUACUUACUCUGAGUGGAAUCAAUACGGACAGUGGCUUAGCCUCGAAACCGGCGCGAUUUGAAGGAAUUGAAAAAUUUAUUGUCGACUGUGAUUUGCUACAUCCAGUAAUAGCCGAGUGUCGCGUUAUCAAGUCGCCCGAGGAAAUUGAGGUGCUGCGCUACGUCGCAAAAGUUUCUUCAGAUGCACACAUUCGUGUUAUGCAGUUCAUGCGUCCUGGUCGUUCCGAGUAUGAAGGCGAGGCGGUGUUUUUGCAUCAUGCGUACGCUGUUGGCGGCUGCCGACACGCCUCGUACACUUGCAUUUGCGGCAGUGGCGUAAAUUCGGCAGUACUACACUAUGGUCAUGCGGGAGCGCCAAACGAUGGACCUGUGCGCGAUGGCGAUAUGUGCCUCUUUGAUAUGGGCGCCAACUACUGUGGCUAUGCAGCGGAUAUAACUUGUAGCUUCCCAGCUAAUGGUAAAUUCACCGAAGACCAGAAAUACAUUUACAAUGCUGUAUUGGCUGGGCGAAAUGCCGUAUUGCAGCAGGCACGUGAUGGCGUCUCCUGGGUGGAUAUGCACAAGCUAUCGUGCCGUGUUAUGCUGGAGAAAUUGAAGGAUGGCGGUAUGCUGAAAGGAGAUGUAGACGAUAUGCUCGCCGCAGGUUUGGCGGGUGUUUUCCAACCGCACGGUCUGGGGCAUCUGAUCGGCUUGGAUGUGCAUGAUGUCGGUGGCUAUCUAGCGGGGCAACCGACGCGCCCAACCGAACAAUGGCUAAGUAAACUACGUUUUGCGCGUACGCUGAAAGCAGGCAUGUACGUGACUGUCGAGCCGGGAUGUUACUUCAUCGAAUACCUAAUGGAUCGUGCACUUGCCGACCCGAAUUUGAACAAGUUCAUCGUGCCAGAGGUGUAUGAACGAUUCCGCAAAUUUGGCGGCGUACGCAUUGAGGACGAUGUGCUGAUCACUAAAACUGGAUGUGAGAAUUUCGCCAUUGUGCCACGCACUGUGGAGGAAAUCGAGAAGACGAUGGCUGUUCGCAAGGAAUGACCAAAAAAUUGUUACUUGGGAAUAUAUUUUCUACUUUAUCUCUCCCAAAUAUAUAUUGAUUGAAUGGAAUAGUGCCGUGAUAAGCACAAGUGCAGAUUAGAUUGUCAUCGAUGAUUUAUAUGGGUAUUGUACCUACCAAGAAAGAAAGAACUAUAUGCUUUAUCACAUCGUUACAUAUAUUUACUUUUUUUUUAUUGCAUGUUUACUACAUAUUUUAUAUAUCUGUUAUUGAAUAAAAAAGUCAAGCAACUUA